AACGGCGACCACCGCUGCGUAAACUACGGUGGAGAGAGGGCCUUGUCUAGACUACGAGAAAACGGGAGCCUGAUUCGACGACAAAAAACCUGUGUCUUAAUGAGACGAUGACUGUGGAUGCCUAGGAUGUCGUUGGAUCGACCCUGAAGGGUAGGACAAGAAAGGUGCAUCACAUCACAGUCUACAGAUGAGUGUCUCCAUACGACAGGCGACCGCAUAACCUUCCCUUUUUUUUCUGUUUUUGAGGCGAGACCUGGUAAAACGAUGAGGGAUCUCUUUUUCGUCUAACAGUCGGACUUCGGGGAGCGGUACGCUGGUAUUGUCAGGUCGUUGGGACGCUUGCCUUUAACGAACAAUAUUUUGGGGUUAAUUUCACUCUUGGGCGUCUGAGCAUUCAAAUGCGCUUUCAGUUAUGGACACUCCGCCGGAAGGAAUCCAUCAUCUUCGAAAGGAUGAAGCUGCGGCUUCACCUUCUUCAAGUCGCCACAUCUCGUUGUCUUCAGCAAGCGACUUUGACCAGUCUGACACACUGUUGACAGACGCCGAAUUGGCAAGUGAACUAUCGGUCGUCACUCGCGCUUUGAGGAAGCCCUCUAAUGGGAGUUACUGCUGCAAAGAUUUCAGCGGUUACCUGGUCUUCAUCCCAAAAGACACCAUAGGCUCCUUUGUCGACACAUCCAGCACUUUCGGCAGCAAAAGCCCCUCCACGCCAGGUGGCGGGCCCUCCAGUUGCUUUAGCUCAAGGCGCCCAUCUGCCGAUGUUUCACUGGGUGGUGACAAGUCAAGACGUUGGAGCGAGCGAACGCGAGAAGGCGCACACCUUUUCAGCAGUGGUGAUCGAGGCAAUGUUGAAAAGGCAGGUGUUGUGUUCCAGCCGGGGGAAGCGCUAUUUUCUAUGGAGAGCUACAUUCCAUGCCUCUUUUACAGAUGGCCGUCUUCGACCAAACUUCUGAUACAUGUACACAGCUUCGAUGAAGACUUAGGAGCGGUCGCUUCCAUGCUAAAAGCUUUGCACAGGCGUCUUCGCCUGAAUGUUCUGGCAAUGGAGUUCCCAGGUUACGGCAUCAUGUCUUCGCAAGACAGUUUUGUGCCGUCUCCCUCCGAGCACAUGAAAGAGCAAGCUGACCGAGGCAAUUCAUUCUCUCUUCUAUCGGCUUUCCUUUCAACCUCCGACAUGGACCCCAGUGGUGCCGCACCAGAUGAGGCCGGACACCGAAAGGUGUGCAGGGAAUCAUUGGCUUCACAGGUUUUUGGCGCACCGGGGGGUGGAGACAAGCGUCUUGCCACAGAAGAAGCACAGUUGGUGCGGGGAUACGAGAGCCACGAAGACAAACCGCCACCCUCUCCUGCAGGUACCCUCGAGGAGAGCGAAAAGGGAAAGCUUCUUGCCAACCUUCGUUUUUUGCUGUCCUUUGUCCUCGACACUCUCCGCGUGCCUCCUCAGAACGUGUUUUUCUCUGCUAACAAAUUGGCCGCUGGGCCGGUCAUCGAGCUCUGCAGUUUUGCUGACCUUCUUUUCAAUGGAACAAAUUCCUUCGGAGGAUUAAUUCUCAUUGAACCGCUGCUGGUCCCAGACCUCGGCGGACGCAGUGGAGGUAAUUCGAUCGAUCGUUCGCUCCAGUCUACUCGACUUUCUUUGCCAGUUAAAUUAUCUUUGGGUUCGGACAAAGGUGAUAAGGAAAGAGGACCACCACCGUUUGUGGCUGAGAGCUUCACACUCAGUGCUCAAACAGAGACCAGCAGCGGGAUGCCCUCUCCAGCGGCAUCUAGUGUUGCAAGUGGCCCCGCUCCCUUGCCAGCAACACGUGGGAAAGGAUAUGUCAAGGAAACAGGUGCCACAACGGCAGCUGACACCAGUUCAUCACAACGGGAACAGCCAGAAGGGGUAGACGGCCGCCGUCAAAGGGGCAAGUCGCCAACACGGGGUAGCGACGGUUUCAGCCAGGUGCGUCGGACCCAAUUCCCAGAGCAGGAAGAAGACUCUAGGUCCCUCCGACGAGCAAGCUGCAGUGACAGCAGCAUGAGCACACUGAGCCACAAAGCGGGACGGCUAGCCAGAGCAGAAGGUGGGAGGACUUGUGCUGGUGCCCCUUCGGUUUGUAGCAGCGAUGUAGAGGCUGCACAGACACACAAGAACGCUGGAGAGAAUUGUGGAGACGAGGUUGUGGCACUCAUUAUCGGUUCUGGCGACAGAUUGGGGGCACCUAGAACCGAACAGACUGCUUCAGGGAUCCGAAAGUCAGGUCAUAAAUUACAGUCAGGUCGACCCGUCGAGCACGUACACUCUCCGUUCGAUCCUGACGUUCGUCUCAAGUCAGGGACUGCCUCUACUGCAUCCUUUUCACAGUGCGACUCUUGUUCAGAAUCCACUCCAGUUCUUGAUGGAGGCUGUAAAAGUGACAGCAGGUCCGUUUCUUUUGAAAAACAGAAAGUUGAGAAAAGGUCGUCGGCAAACAUUGACACCUACUGUCCGCUCAGUACUGAACCACGGAUGCAGUCAGAUGUACAGAAUGAAUCUUCACUGCCGAGAACAUGGGAGAGCCAAUAUGACGCGCUGAUUAACAAGGACCAGAACGCUUCCGAAAAUCAACGGUGCAACAUAUCUUUGCGAUUUGGCGAAUCUCGAAACGAUCGACGUACCACUGAGGAGCACGAAGUUUCUCGCCACUCUGUCAGGGGGGACAGUGCGGUGUCGAAGGGUCCAACGAUGCUGACAAAUGAGCAGUUAGGGAGUGGGGACCAGGCACCACCAAAAGGAAAGGAUGGUGCAGUGCCUGCUCACGAAAUGCCGGCCACUGGCAGCAAUGAUCACAAAGCCGGUCAUCCUGCAGCGGUUUACCGAGGGCGUCAGCCGGCAACGGGAAGUAGCACCUCUUCGCAGAGGUCCUUCGUCGGUGAGGAUAUUGUCACAGACGCAGAAUCUGAUGUCACUGCCAGUCAUCGACCGAAUAGUGAUUCUCAUGUCUCUUCAGAGGAUACCCUGACUGAUUCAGAGACGGACAUUAGUCAGGAUGAGAAGGAACAAGAUGAUGAAACGUUUAUUUCGCUCGUUCGAAGUAUUGGUAACUCGUGGGUAGCUCCUAGUGAUAGUUUGGGGGACAGAGGACAGGAUGUGCCUUUUUUCAGCCAAGUGAAGCAAUUCCUUUCAAGCAGCUUCGCAGGUGAUGUGACGGAACCCGAGGAAGGAGGACGCGUGGCAGCUAUCGCACAGGCAGCCCGGGAAGGAAGCAAACGCCUGCGUCUUGAGAGAGACAAGAAACGUGCUCAGGGGCUACCAGCUGCGUUUGGCAUGAAGAAAGCUGCUGCACAUAUUCGUGAAGUCUCGUGUCCUCUGUUGUUCAUGAGGCGCGAGUUGUCGCUGCAUAUAAAGCCCUCCAGGACUCGUAGACGGGAGGCCGAUAUGUCCGAUGCAUCAUUUGUUCUAGCAAGUGAAGGAGAAGUCUCUACACCGGAUACUGCUUUUACCGACGUUACGAGUCAGUCACGGUCCGAAACCGAAGAGGAUGAGUACGUUUUCUCUAAAGAUAUAUCGAGUGUUGACAGUGAUAGUUCUCUUGACAGUACAGCAGAGGAGGUAUCAGGCCAGCCGCUGAACAGUGGAACCCAGGUUAUGCCGACGCAUGUUUUCGGGGGGGAACAUCUCUCUCAUAAAAUGCAACAGACUGAUGGCUUGCGGGGGCAAACGAUGAUGGAAAACCUUCUGUCCGCUCGCCAGACCCAGAAGCACCAGGAGAAUAGAGAACGGCUCAGACAGAGACGUGAGGAGCGCAAGCAAGAGAGAGAAGCACGGAGGAAAACACGAGAGCGUGCAGCGGCCUACGUGGAAUCCCUGAGUGCUCGAGAUAGGAAGGCACUAAAGCAGGAGGAGGCGAGUGGCGAACGGGUUAUUAAAUUGCUAUCAGACUGGGCACGAUCAGCAGACAAAGAAACGGCAGUGUUCAGUUUCUACGACACGAGUUUUUACAAGGCGUUGAGCAGGUUCAUUAACGAACCGCCGAGACAAAAUUCCCGGCGUGGUCAGGUGUCCAUGAACACCAGGCGGAGUAGCCUCACUCAUGAAUCUGCGGCAGAGUUGUUCGCCAAACGAGCGCAGCAGCAUUUGACGGAAAGGCGGCGGGGUUCGGGGGGUCAUCGGGGAAGUUCCGGACAGCGUCCUGACAUGCUGGAAGGAAUCUGUAUCCCACUUCGUAUGUUCGAAGUGCCACCCGCAUACCGGCAGAGAGACGAUGUGCGCAAGAACUCCCACGAUAGCACGGACUCUGCGCAGGGAGAUUCCUGGAUAUACAAGGCAAUAUCUACUUAUACUUCCUACUUUGAUUUGCUCGGAUCAAACUCGGGGAGAGAGUGAUCGAGUUAACUUUAGCGGAAAUGUCAAAGGAACGUCGUCCGAUGGAUGUGGUGGUUGCGUAUGAGGACAGCGUUUGGCAAACGGAUAGCCUUAAUAUCAGAACUGGUCUUGCAAAGGACCUUCUUAAGGCAGAAGAUGUAUUCUGCCCUGUUGCGGUACACUGCCGCGUACAAGAAACAUUCUUUCGUCAUAGUGGGUCCUGACAUCGGGCAUAUAUACGGUCACUUCUGCAGGGCUGUAGAAAUCUGUCAGCAUUGUACUGGAGACAUGAUGUAUGAUGUGGCCGAGUCGCGUGGGUAUGUAUCUGGUAAAGCUGCGACAGUGUACUGUGCAGUCGGUUGCGUGGACAGGAAGAACACUCCCGUUUAAAACCUUUGAGAAAUGUUGACUCCAUGGGUCUUUGCUUCCGUGGUACGUUCAUGCAAGAUCCCAGUUGUUGUCUGAAGUGAGGCGCCAUAAGUGUGUUAGAACAAAGCAGAUCGCAACGUACAUCGGUAAUCGUACCGUAGCCGUCGUAUGCUGCUGGCACGGGCUGCAACUGUUAGAGACUGGGCGUGGCAGCAGGGAUUUGCAAAGGAAACGCAGUAGUCAAAAAAGUCAGUUAUUUCAGCCAAAAAGGUACAUUUAAGUCUGCGUACUUUUCAUUUGUGAAGUGAACAACAUGAUUAUCUUUCGGCCACAUCACGCAGUGUGGCGCUGCCAUUGCUUGUGGGGUUUGCCUUUGUUUUGUGCAAGGCUUGCGAGCUAGCAAAAGUAGUCAACGCACAAACCACACGCAACUCGAGACCACUGUUACACGCGUCUCGGUCAACUCAUACGUAUAAUUGUAUGCAUACACUGACGCAGAGGUGUCUACCGCGAUAGCUGCACGAAUUUGCAGGUACUGCUGUAGAGCAGCGGAGUAGCCAUGACCAUGUUGCGGGCACUGCACCUUACAGGGGGAAGCAUUUCUGUCGCUGCUAGCGACUUCAUGUAUUCAGACGAUAGUAAUGCAGCGUUAAAACUGUUCCACUACAUGAACAGGUGCUGCUGGGUGGAUCUGGACUGCUUGGUACGCGGGUUUACCACACGUGCGUGAAGUUCGUCACCUAUCCGCAGUGAAGCCUACUGUCCAGCGGUUUCUUAUUCAGACUGCCACGAAGUUAGCAUUCUGCCAAAAACCUUCCACUGGCGCCGGCGCAGUACCAUAAAACGUGACAGCAGACAGGUACAUGCUUUUAAGCUUUGACCGUGGUCAACGUAUGCACUGUCUGCGGCCGUCCUAAACACGUACGAUGCAAACGUGUAGGGCAACCAAGUGCAGAUCGACUGUCGCGUAUUCCCUUCGGCAAUGGUUACAUCAGCUCGCCACUGUUAGUUUCUUCGGGUAAGUUGAUGCGCAGACUCUGUACACGGGGAAAAACCAAACUGCUGUCCACGUCUCAAUGACUGCUCUAUAAACAUGCAGUCCGCGUCAGGUGGCACUUCCCGCUAAUUAUCAGAAACCGGUUUCAUUGAUAUUUCUUUGGAGGCGAUAACAUACAUAGCAUACGUCUCUCCUCUCUACCGAAGAGCAACUUCCAUACUGUUAGCUCUCUUUCUGCUACGAAAAUAUUACAAGAGUUGCCUCGCCGGUGUCGUCAAAAAAGUCGUCAGAGAAUUUUACUCGCAUCUUGCUCACGACACUAGUUGCCUUUUUCUUUCAGAAGACGCCGUCGUAUGAUGUAAACCAAUCAUAGUCGUAUUCCGCAGCCAGUGGAUACCCUUUGAUUGCGCCACGCCAUCUCUACGGGGUCGGUAGGCUGGUCUCUUGAGCGGCCACACAUUUGACAGCGGUUCACAAGACAGGGCACCUCCGGUGCAUGCAUUGACUCCUUGAAUAUCAAAUUCAUCAUACCAUUGAUGAUUUGUGAGUUGCUGACUUCAGCAUAGGCAAUGCUGCUAAAGCUGCCAUGCAUGUCCUCGUGAGAGUGGCCGAACAUCUCAGUAGUUCUUGUUCUUGGACCUGCUGUCAAGCGCCGCUCGUUUCAGUGACGUGCUGGAAACAUCAACAUGGCUGCAACAAGACACCGAACAAGCACGUACGGUAAGUGAGCAUCAUGGGGCAUUGAUAAUUGCACUGAAAGACUGACGGCUGUCAACGAAGGGGGCUUGCAUAUCGGGGCAAACUUUGGAAGUCUCUGCACUCUGCUAAGAGAGCUAACAGAUUUGACACUCGGUUGCAACUAUCUGAAGAUCCGGAUGAAGAUCGGCCAAGAAUUUAUUAUCGAUAAAAACACCAGUGCACUAGCGAAAACUGAAAGAACGAAGCGUGCCGCAACGAUACCUUGUUAUCGUACUGGUAUUCGAUAACAUCCGAAAGUCCACAGCUAUACGUCACUGUGCCGCGGAAUAAAACUUGACAGAAUAAUAACAGCAUAAUUCGUACUCUAUCUGAAGGUAAUAUUCCUACAAAAUCGAAGCCCUUACACACACAACAUACAAAUACUGAGGGAUGAACUGUGUCAAUUCGGAGCGUAGCAUCACUGAACGCGAUUCUCGCAUCGUUUAUUGAAUCUCAUGAACUCUCCGGCUCUUUUCUACAAACAACAAUGUUCCUCCGGGGGACUGUGUAUAGUCGUAUCAUUUAUAUAAAUAUAUAUGUAGUGAUGCGUCAUUACCGACGUCGUCGAUCUCAGCUUCGAUGGUACCGAAUAAACGACAGCCGGCAAGGUCUAAAUGUGCAGAUCUUUUUACCGCCCAUCCACAACGGAGUAAGGGUCCACGAGGAGCUAUUAUUUUAUUUCGACCGGUGGCUCGGACGACGGAUAUACCACCAUAUACUGCCCCAGUACUCUUCACGAAUGGUUUAGACACUCAAAAAGCUUCAUGAAAGACCGGACAGCGAUUUUCAUGUUCCUCUUCUCUUCUUACCUAUGGCAAGAAUACCGGCAACAGCCGCUGCAACACCAAGGACACACGAUAUCAGCUCUUCGAACAUAAUGACGACGGUUGCUCCUGCUGGUACACCUGAAAUUUCCGUCCGAUAAACCCGUUCCACGUCUCUUUCUAAGACGCGGUCGAUUAAGAAGAAAAACCACGAGAAAAACCAGUAUCGGAAGGGCUUCCGAAAACAAGGGACAUUAACGCUAAGAAAAAACAACGCGUAUUAUAGGGGGUGACCACAGAAGUGGAACUUGUGGUAACAAACUCAUACGCAGUAAUUGACAGAAAUGCCACCAUUCACACAGUUUCUCGACCUGUUCAGAAAUGCGAUAAAUAACUUCAUACAAUUUAAGUGAACGUAAAGGAAGUCUUCGGUCUCGUUUAUUCAUCAUACGUUUAAUGUCCUGACUAGCGAAGAAUAUUUUCCCCUCCUCAAUGUAGCCACAACACUAGUGGAUCGGACCGGCUGGUCCCUCAUCCGCGUGCUGACGGAAGACAACAGACAGAGAAACGUCGCUGGCAAGUCUGGCAGAGUGCGGGGAGCAAGUCACCCUGACCCUCAGCUUUUGGCAUACCAUUUACACGUUUUCUGCAUGUCUCGGAUAUCCCCUUCCCCCUAGUACACCGAUUGGUCUACCGAUGGGCGUACGGCACUGUCCGCGACUUUAAAAGAAAAGUAAAAAGAUCUG